UAUUAAGUCACCGCUCUGAGGGAAAAAACACUGCGUUUCAUCAGAUACCAACAGUUGAUGGUUGUGGCAGUAUAGGAGGCUUGUGUUGGUGGUGGAUGACAGCCGUAAACAACCUCCAGUGAAGCUCAGGCACUUUGAGGGGAAGUAACAGUCAGAGCGCGGUGAAGAGAGAAAAGAGAAGCUCAAAAUGGUGAUGUUGAAGAGUAAAGCCUUGGCCCGUUGUGGAUUGGUUCUGCUGAGCUUGUGGCUGUGCAUCCAGUCAGUGCCUAUCAAUGUGGACAAGACCAAAGAAAAGCCUGAAGAGGAGGAACUAGCGGCACCACAGAGUGCUGACACUGGGCUACACUACGACCGCUACCUCAGGGAAGUCAUUGAGUACCUGGAGAAAGACCCUCACUUUAAAGAAAAGUUAAAAAAUGCCAACAUGGAGGACAUCAAGCAAGGCAAACUUUCCAAAGAGUUGGACUUUGUUCACCACAAUUUUCGGACCAAGCUGGAUGAGCUGAAGAGGGAGGAGAUGAACAGGCUGCGGAUGCUCCUCAAAGCCAAACAUGACAUCCAGGGGGGGAACGGCCUGACAGUGGACCACCAGGCUUUGCUGAAACAGUUUGAGCACCUCAACCACAUAAAUCCACACACUUUCGAGGUGGAGGACCUGGACCGCCUCAUCAAAUCGGCCACAAACGACCUGGAAAACUUUGACAAGGAUCGCCACGAUGAGUUCAAGAGGUACGAGAUUAUGAAGGAGCACGAGAGGAGGGAACGUCUGAAGAACAUGAACGAGGAGGACCGCUUGAAGGAGGAGCAGCACUACGAGGAGAUGAAGAAGAAACACGCUGACCAUCCUAAAGUUAACCACCCUGGCAGUCAAGACCAGCUGAAGGAGGUGUGGCAGGACACAGACGGUUUGGACCCAGCAGACUUUGAUCCCAAGACCUUCUUCAAAAUGCAUGACACCAACGGAGACGGCUUCUUUGACGAGAGCGAGCUUGAAGCCCUCUUCACUAAAGAGCUGGAGAAGGUUUACGACCACAAUAAUGAAGAAGAUGACAUGGUUGAGAUGGAGGAAGAGAGACUGCGAAUGAGAGAGCAUGUUAUGAACGAGGUGGACACCAACAAAGACAGACUCGUGUCACUGGACGAGUUCAUCGCGGCCACUAAGAAAGACGAGUUCCUCGAAAAAGACGAGUGGGAGACUUUGGAUAAUAACCCCGUGUACACCGAAGAGGAGAUGAAAGAGUACGAACAGCACCUGGCCAAUGAGGCGAAUGACAUCAACAAGAAGUCGGACGAGCUGCAGAAACAGAGAGAGGAGCUCGAAAGGAAACAGGAAGAACUGAAUGCUCAGAAGAUAGGCCUGCAGCAGGCAGUAGAAGAAAUGGAAAAGUUAAAAGCCCAAAAAGCUGAAGUCAAACAGCCGGGAACUACAGUAGCCGAAGGUGAGCGAGCACCAGUUGUACCAGGAAACAAUCAGCCGUUGCCCUCUGGUCACCCGCAGCAAGAUGUACCAGUGCCAGGACAUUCUUAGCAGGCCUCACCCCUCUCUGUACUGUAUGUAUGCCAGUAAGUGUGUAUGUGUGUUUGACUUGUCAUAAUUCCAAUUUUCUGUUUUUUCGGAUUUUUAAAACACCACUUGACAUAUAAAAAUAUGUCUAAAUAUUAAGAGCACAUGAGAAAAUCUGAUUUCAGGCUUCAGAUUUAGUGCCUGUGCCCAAUCAUGCCCAUGGCCCAUUUGGCUCGAAAUGUGGAGCUGGUCCAGUUUUCUUUGCGGACAAUCGACCCAUUUAAAAAAAAAAAAAACAAUCUUUCAUCACAACAAGGACUCUGUUCUCUGUGGGAAGUGCUUUGGGGUGAAACGGGGAGGGCUCUUUGCCUGAUAAGCAAAUGUUUUGUUUUACAUACACUGUAGUUCAUUGUCACUGGUACUGUCCCUCAGAGGAAAUACUCUGAAAGUUAUUAUUAUUAUUAUCUAUUCAGGUAUAUAGAUCUGAUCAUUUUAGAAAAAAAUGAAUGUCAUAAAUGUAACUUUAAAGUUUAUGCAGCGCUGCUGGCUAAUGAAUGAAAUGGUCCUGUUUACAGUAAAAAGGUGAUUUUUUUUUUUCAUAUAGUUUCAGCACAUUUACUUAAAGAGUUUAAAUUCUGUAACCAUGAAGUAAUGUUUUCUGUAAUAAGACUUGCGUUUGACCAUGUUCACUUUUGUUUUGUUUCAUUUUAAAAUGAGUUGCUGUUAUAAAAACUAUGCUGUCAGCCAAUAUUUGAAAAUCAGAAUAGUUUUGUCCUCUUUUGCAACAGUUACACACAUUUCUUUUCAAUAUCACCACUUUGUUAGAUAAUGUUUUUGUAAUGGCUGUCAUCUUUUACAGUAACAAUUCCUCUUUACUUUUUUUUUUUUUUUUUUUUACAAUGCUUGUACCUCCAUAAAAAAUACAUAUUUCUUAAGCUUUCCAGCUGUUGUCUCCUGUGGACCAGAUAAUUGAAGAACAUAUUUAGUUUACAGAUUUAGAUUUACAUAUAUUAUAUAUUUAAAUCUUUUAAUUUAAUAUAAUAGUGUGGGUGUUAUAGAGUGAUGAUUGUGUGUUUUUUGUGUACAGCGUGUUUGUGUGUCAGUGAAUUUGUCAUUUUUUAUGUUAGGAUAUAUUCAGUUUAUUUAUUCUCUACAUCACUGGAAAUGAAACUACAGCAGUUCAGGUUUGAACUCAUCUCUGUCAUAGGAGAUGGAAACCCUGACUUAAACUCAACAGAGUUACAAGGUCAAACAUGAACUAGAUACAUUAAUACAACAGAUACUGAAUAAACCCAUAAAAAUUUUCUUUUGAAGGACUGAGGUACAAUAGACCAGUUGAUUUUAUUUUAUUUUUUUGUCCCUUUCCAAUAGCAAAAUCUGUCCACUGCCCAACUUUCUAUGUAGUAAAUUCAGCCACAUGUUGUACGAGAUUCGAAUGCGGACAAUAAAGUGAAUGAGCUUGCAAGUUUAA